CUUAGUUACUUUUACCCGCUUCAUAGCGGUUACAUGAGAUGGCUGCAGUUGUUUGUGCUGUUGUGAUAGGUUCCGAAUCAAGUUGCCUCGACUCCCGAGUACGAAAGACCAUCAACAACUGAUUGAUUUCACGACUCUCACAAUGACACCUGCUGGAAAGACCAGCAUUGACGAAAAGGUCUUGCAGUAUGAAACGUUUAUUAGCGAUGUGUUGAAACGAGAUUUGGAGAGGGUAUUGGAGCAAAGAGAUGGAGUGUAUGAAAAAAUGGCUCAAUAUCUACAACUGAAAAAUACCAUUGAAAGCCUAAAGGAAUCAGAGACGAGGGGACUCAAAACAGAGAUAGAUCUUGGCUGUAAUUUCUACGUCCAAGCACAUGUGGAAGACUCGUCAAAAAUCUUUGUUGCUGUUGGAUAUGGCUUUUUCGUCGAGUUAACACACUCAGAAGCUCUGAAGUUCAUUGAGAAAAAGACAAAUCAGCUUACAACACACACUGAAGUGUUGACCAAAGAUUCAGCUAAAAUCAAAGCCAACAUUCGCAUGGUGUUGGAGGGAUUAAGAGAGCUUCAAGGUCUUACGGAUGUUCCUGAGAAAAGGAGGAGAGACGCUCUCUAGCUGCAGUAGUUCUGGUCUGCUCUGACCUUUAGUUAUCCGUUUUCUAUCACAUUCAUAAUAGUGAUAAGGCUGUAUUAUUUCCAUUGCUCUUUGGUUUAUUUAUUCAAUGGAAAUGGUGUAAAACAAACCUUUGAUACAAACUUGGCACCUGAACAGGUUGUGCUGUUUAGAAGUUGCUGUAAAACUGUAAUUCUGCGGCAAAUAAAAUGGGAAAUGCGUUUUUAAAACUGUUAA